GUGUGUGUGUGUGCCAUCCCUUGGUCCGAAGCCAUGCAAGCAGUCUGUGGCUGUGUCCUCUGAUGCUGGGUGUCGCAGCUGCGCUGGGCAUCCAGGGCGUAGAGGGCGUGCAGAGUUUGCAGAGCGUGCAUGCGCCGCAUGUGCUACAUGUUCCAUCUUUUGCUCUUGCUGCAGCUUUGCGCGCUUCCUUACACAUGGGCUCGCGAGGGCAGCGCUUGCUUGAUGGACGCAGAAUCUGAGAUUAAACGAGCGCCUGACAAGGCUGAGAUGUUUGUGACUACUUCUCACGUCUUCAAACGGCACUUGGCUCAGUAUUUUUGUGCGAUCAGCGGAAAUCUGACUGUGCUGGAGUUGGGCAUAUACCAUGGCCACACAACAGCAGUCCUCGCGGCCAUGUUUAGGCGCGUCAUAUCAGUAGAUGUCGAAAAGACAUACUUAGAUGCAGCUGCCGCACACACCAACGGCUUGACAAAUGUAGUGUUCUUGCGUCUUAAUUUGAUGGUGGACGAUUGGCAAGCUUUCACAAGUAAUAGUGUGGAUGUUGUUGUCAUUGAUGCAAACCACAAGUACGAGUACGUCCGUGCAGAUGCGCACAACGCUCUGCGGUACUUCCCCAGCUUGAAGUUCUUGGUCUUCGACGACUUCGGCCAUGAAAAGGGAGUUCAAGAGACCGUGAGUGAAUUGGAGGAUGUUGGGGUUCUCGUGGAAUGCCAGGGUCUUGGUCAAGGAUGGGAUGGCUCUGCUUGGAAGUUUCUGGACUGGGACGAGAGGACAGGCAAGACCUUCUGGAGUUGGACGAAUAAAUCCGAAGGCCGCGUUUGCAAGCGUGGUGAGGCAGCCCUGGGUAUGGACAAGACCUUUCUAAACCAGCGAUUUUACAUCUACAGGCAGCCCCUGUCCCAACUUUGCAGCGUGGGUCUGUUCCGUUUUCUACCGGAUGGAAGGCUGCUCAGCUCGCCAUGGGGCAGUGGCGAGUGGACAAUCAGCCAGACCUCACAAGAUCGCUACGCCCUGCUGCAAUUGCCCGAGAUGUCGCCAAGUCCGGUGGAGAUAUUCUUCAAUUCCCGACGCACCGCAUUUGUUUUAUCGGAGCUGGAUGCUCCAACCUCCAGGUCGGAAUGGUUUGGAAUUCGUGAUGAUCUGGUACACCAGCCCUUCGAAGUGGCAGGGAAUCACUUCCAUGACUGAGGGCUCCAAGACAAAA